GAGACCUUCGCACGUUCAAGUUAAGUCAAGGUUUUUGCACAAACCCCAACGCGUCCGAGGCAAAGCUGAAGAACAACGAUGAAGAUUCUUUUACUUUUACUCUCCUUGAUAGCGAGAAGUAGUCAGCUGACGCUGAACGAGUGUGGGACGGAGGCGAGGCGGCCACAGAUCACCGACAUUGCAGUCGAGUGUGGUACUUCAUCCAUUGGUCUGGCCAUUCAGAUCUGCCCGGUCGUCUACACUGGCUACAACGAGACUCUCCUGAUCCUGAAUCAUAUGUUGGACACAGAAUGUAGAGCAACUCUUGACGAAUCCGUGUCUCCUCCUGUUGCUCGCUUUAACUUCCCGCUGAACAUGACCCACGCCUGUGGAAGCACAUUCAGGACCACCAGCGCCGCGGGGACAGGUAUAUUCUCUGACUUCUCCAACAUCCAGACGGUGAACAUCAGCGGCAUUAUCCGAUCCGUCGACCCUACCACGGGCACGAUCACCUACAACGCAGAGUUGAAGUACUACUACUCCUGCGCCUAUCCCCUAGAAUAUCUGGUCAACAACACUCAGAUUGAUGUGUCAUCCUCCUCAGUUUCAGUCCAGGACAACAAUGGAAGUUUCAUCAGCACUUUGAGCAUGGAGCUGUUCAGCGAUGCCAACUUCACUGUUCCCAUGAAGAUUCCAGACUUGGGGAUCGAGCUGAGGACAGACGUGUACGUCGAGGUCAAGGCCACCAACUUGACGGGCCAGUACCACGUCCUGUUGGACCGGUGCUACGCCUCCAUCUCCCCUUUCCCUUCCAACUCCAGCUACUUCAACCUGUUCGUCCCCUGCUCCAAGGACCAGUUCACCACCAUGAUCGAGAACGGAGAGAGCCAGAGCGCCCGCUUCAAGUUCCCGGCCUUCCGCUUCAUCGAGCAGCAGAACGAGACCGUGUCCACCUACUACCUCCACUGCAUCACCCGUCUGUGCGAGAAGAGCAGCUGCAGCACCUUCAAGCAGUGCAGCAACCGGAGGAAGAGGAACACCGUCGACACGACUUCGGUGGGUAUAACCAAGACUUACACCAUCACCUCUCCGGAGAUCAUCACCAAAGCCGAGAGCAAUGAGUCCAAGGAGGAGCCCUACGUCGCGGAAGAUGAAGACAACUCCAACGUCGGGCUCAGCGUGGCGGUCGGUGUCCUCGCCUUUGCUUGCGUAGUCGCCAUUACUGUCGCAGCCAUGUUAUACAAAAAGCUCAAGAACUAAGGAGGCCUCAAUGAGCUGGAGAUGCAGAAUAUUUUUGAGGUAUUCUGUAUCUAGCAGAAAGUAGUUUGGAAAGGGGCAGAUCUUUAGAGGAUUCAGUAGGUUGUGUUAGCUUUGAAGGUUACUUAUUUUCCACAAGUGCAAAUAAAAGCUAUAAGUUUUAAUGCAUGUCUGCACUUUAUACGCUUUGAAAUGGUGGUGGAAAAAUGGUAACUGUGGGGGUAAUGGCAAUUAAAUGUUACAGAAACCUUGAUCUUUUCUUGUGGCAAGUCAGAUAUGUGGGGUGCUUUGAAAGCGAAGUCAAAGUACCUUUCAAAGUGUUACGUGUCUAAUUUAUUGAAUUCAUUUGAGCAACUUUGACACAAUCAGGAAAAAAUAAAUGACCUGAUUCCAGAGUAUAUGUGCGUCUUCUGCUCUAAUUCACCUUCUAAAGACCUAAUCAUCAACUCAUUAUAAAAAUCACAUCGACUGUAGAUCCUAAUUUUGACUUUGUAAUGAAUUUCUCUACGUUACCUUUGCUGUAUGAAAUAAAAUCAAGAAAAAG